UCAAAUCAAUGAUCUAACCUCAAUCCGACAUUUAAUAUUUUAAGUUAGGAUGUAGUGUUUAUAAAGCAAUAAUAUUGUAAUAAUAAAACUAUACAAUGUGGUUUUUAACAGCAAUCAGCUAUUUAGCAAUUUUAGUACAAGUUCUGUUCAUUACAAUAUCAAUAGCGGCUGGCCUUUAUUACUUGGCAGAAUUAGUUGAAGAACAUACUUCUAUAGCAAAGAAAUGUAUUUGGUGGAUGAAUUUGGUUGUAACAAUACUAUUUUCUUUAUUAUGGCUGUUUGAAAGUUUCCCCAUAUCAUUAAUAAUAUGUGGACUCCUAGCUCAAUUGUCUCAUUUUGUUAUACUCAUUAAUUUUCCAUUUGUUGUAUUCUUAUCUCCUGGAUUUUUGGCAGCUGUUGCCUUUAUAGUCAUUAACCACUAUUUAGCAUUUCAAUAUUUUGCAGAAUAUUAUCAUCCAUUUUCUGAGGUUAUUGCCUAUUUCACAUUAUUUUUAUGGUUAGUUCCAUUUGCACUGUUUGUUUCACUGUCUGCAAAUGACAAUGUAUUACCCACAACAGCAGACAGAACAGAAAGUGAUGUAGUUUCCAAUUAUUUUUCAAAAAGAAACAAGAAAUAUGGACUUCUAACAUUUUUCAAUUAUGCCAAAGACACUUUACUUCCAGUAAGAUCAAAAAAAGGGUUUUAAGUAUAUUUAUUCCAGGUUUUAGACUGAAAUUUUUGUUCAGUACAUGUACAAACUAAUUGAUGUAUCAUUAGGAAAGUUACACUUUUUCUUUAAUGUGGUUUUUGUAUAUAUUUGAAAAUAUAUUGUCUAAGUAACA